UUGUACACGCUGCUUUGCCGUUUAAUGUGUAUCCGUGCUUUUUUACUCGACAAUACGGCGAUUAAGUUUUCUGUUUUUCUUUUGAAGCUUACAAAAAAAUGUAUAUAUUUUUUUCUCAAUGAUGCUGAUAAAUGCUUUGACGUUUGUACACCAUUUUCCAUGCAAUCGGAUGUAUCAUUCCAUUCCAUACAUAACAAGUUGCACUACGCGGCAUUGAAAGUCGAUUGAAUAUAAUAUUUAAGUUUCUUGGAUUUCAUAAAACAUUUUAGUAAUGUCAGAAGACGCCUUGAUAAAAUAUCCUAAACAUGAACCGUCAAUUUGAUUAAACUCAAAAUUUAACAUCAAAUAAUUAAUAUACACGCCAUGGGAACUUCCCAAUUCAGUUUUAUAUUUGGUCUGGUGGUUUUGUCUUGCCGCACAGGAUAUGCCUUCACUGAAAUCAAAAGCCACAGACGAGCAAUGGUUUAUUUAGCAUCGUUCGGUUACUUGAAUGGAGAAUUGCCGAACAACCCUAAGAUGGUACAUAGUUUGACGAUGCAAAUGUUUAGCGAUGCGCUGAUAGAGUUUCAAUUAUUUGUUGAUGUAAAUCCAACUGGGAUUUUGGAUGAAGAUACACUAAGAGUUAUGAACGCACAAAGAUGCGGCUGUCACGACAAAUUCUAUAGAGCCAAGGAAGGCAGGCCUAAGAGAUUCGUACGAUUAUUGGACGGAUGGAGGACAAACAAUUUAAAGUACAAGAUAUCGAGAUACCCAACGAAAGAACUUAAUAAAUCACAAACGGAUGCAGAAAUCAAAAGAGCAUUUGAUCAAUGGUCCGAAGUGACACCACUUCAGUUUAUUCAGACAAGUAGUGGUCCUGUGCAAAUAAAUAUAGCGUUCCAAGCAAACUAUCACGGUGACAUUAGUCCGUUCGACGGGGUGUUGGGCGUUUUUGCCCACACACUUACACCUAACCGGAGUAACGUUCAUUUCGACGACUCGGAAACUUGGACUACUGGUACUAAGAGAGGGACGAAUUUGUAUCAAGUAGCGCUCCACGAGUUCGGCCAUAUGUUGGGACUCGAUCAUACUAAAGUAAAAUUUGCCGUGAUGAGACCAGUUUAUCCGGGCUACAAUCCGAAUUAUAAGUUGAAAAAUGAUGAUAUCGAAGGCAUCCAGGAGCUGUACGGUGAAAACAACUUUUUGAGAAGGAAUGACAAAGUCCGGACAAAACGACAAACCAAUAGUGAAAUUAAUUAUACCGAGGAACCCGACUUAUGCGAGAACUCUAAAUUAGACACUGUCUUUCGUUCGUCCGAAGGACACACGUUUGUACUCAAAGGCGACUAUCAUUGGAAACUGAUAAAUAAAAGUACAGAACUGGGAUACCCGAAAUUAAUCACCGAACAAUGGAUUGGUCUACCGGGGCAUAUAGAUGCUGCUUUUACACACAAUAACGGUCAGACCUACUUUUUUAAGGGUUCAAACUAUUGGAAAUUUACUGGAACCACUCCUGGCAAAAGAUAUCCUAGAGACAUUGCAAGUGGAUUCGCUGGUAUUCCUAAUAAUAUAAAUGCUGCUAUGGUAUGGAGAGACAAUAAAAUAUUAUUUUUCAAAGGAGCAAAAUACUGGAUGUAUGACUUAACAAAAAAUCUCACUGCGCACUCUAAGUCUACAAGUGAUUGGAAAGGUAUACCAGAAAGUAUUGAUGCUGCUCUACGCACUACUCAAAACUUGACUUAUGUCUUCAAAGACAACUAUUACUACACGUUCAAUGAUAACUCGUCUUUGAUUGAUACUUUCUCGGCUCCAACGGUUCGUAGAAAAAUUGAAACAAUUUGGUUCAACUGUAAGCCAAAAACCACAACAUUCUAAAACGCACGGAAUAAAAUUGGAAAUGAAAAUUUAAGUUAUGACUUAUGAGAUCAUAUUAUUAUACUACUCAUAUGAAUAACCACUAAACUGUACUGUAGAUGUGACAAAACCACAAUACCAUGGAUUUAUAAAUUAUGCGAACUAUUUAAUAGUCUUUCACACAAAAAAAGCAUGAAAUCCACGUUAAAAGUUGAAAUGUUCGUUGAAAAACUAAAAAAAAGUUAAAUAAGUUUGUAUUAUAUUUAUAAAAAUAUUACAAAAUUUGUAAUGCUGGGCUAUGCCUUAGAAUACUAUACAACAUGUUAUUAUACUAAUAAAUCCAAAUUGCAAACUAUUAAACCCAGUAGUGAUGCUUCUAGCCAGUUCGAGAAUACUGACUAAUUUAACAUAUAAAUAAAUGAUUUGAACAAUUUAUUAUGCAUUUCUAGUUGAUCUUAUUUUUUGUUUUUGUAUUGUCUGCGAAUACACAUAACGGCAAAUAUUAAUUUUCCUUGUGAUAAUAACUACACAGUAAGACGGCAUUUUGGUUAGGCAAAUCUUGUACACGACCUUGCUUAUAAAAUAUUAGCUUUCUUGUUUUUUUUUUUACCCCAAUUCGAAUAUAUC